AAACUUGCUGAACCAGACCUGACAGGGCAGGUGCGCAUUUAAACCGGCUGAGGACAAAUCGCAUGAAAGAGGAAGCAGGUCGACAAGAUUAUCAUCACAUCUACAGCAAGUUUACUACGAGUUAGUGCUAAUGUUAUGACACAAUAUGGCUGUAAACCUGAGUAAAAACGGACCUGCGCUGACCGCGGCAUAUAACGAAGUAGUGAACGGCAGAACUGGCACAAACUGGGUCUUGUUCACCUAUGAGGGGAACAGCAAUGACAUCCGUGUGGCAGGGAAAGGAGAUGGUGGACUUGAAGAAAUGGUGGGUGAACUUAACAGCGGAAAGGUCAUGUACGCCUUCUGCAGAGUGACUGAUCCCAGCUCCGGAGUCGCCAAGUUUGUUCUGAUCAAUUGGACUGGUGAAGGAGUCAAGGAUGUUAGAAAGGGCAUUUGUGCCAAUCACGUUCAUUCAAUGGGUAAUUUUCUACGGGGUGCCCAUGUGACCAUCAACGCUCGAUCCGAUGAUGAUGUUGAACCUUCAUCCAUCAUGGAGAAGAUAUCCAAGGGCUCAGGCGUCAACUACAAUGCCCACAAAGAAUCAAACCAGAACAGUAGUUAUGAACCUCCAGGCCGAGUGGGUUCUGUCUAUAAAAAAAUCAGCGCCUUAGAUGAAAUCCAAGGUACAAACAGAGACAACUUCUGGGCCAAGGCCGAGCAAGAAGAGAAGAAUCGGCGACAAGAAGAGCGCAGGAAGGCCGCUGAGGAAAGACAGCGUCUGGAAAAAGAACAAAUGGAAAAAGACGCCAGAGAGGCGGAGGAAAGAAAACGACGACAAAAGGAGAGAGAAAAACUGAUUGACCAGCAGAGGCUUUUUGAAAAGAAACAAGAAUCUCCGAGUCCGGAUAAACCACCGGUACAACGGAAAUGGGAUGAAGUCGAGAAGGAGCAGCAGUCUACUGUAAGAGUAGAAACAUUGCGAUCUGAGCCCGUGCCAAAGGUCAAAAGUUCGGGCUAUAAAAAGGUCAAUGCCUUAGAUGAACUCCAAAGUAUUGACAGAGACAGCUUUUGGGCUAAGGCCGAGGAAGAAGAAAAGAAACGACGCCAAGAGGAGCGCAGGAAGGCGGCCGAGGAGAGAGAGCGCCUGGAAAAAGAACAAAUGGAACAACAUGCUAGAGAGGCGGAAGAACGAGAACGACAGAGAAAAGAGAGAGAGAAACUGAUUCAUCAGCAGAGGCUUUUUGAAAAGAAACAAGAAUCUCCGGAUAAACAACCGGUACAACGGAAAUGGGAUGAAGUCGAGAAGGAGCAGCAGUCUACUGUAAGAGUAGAAACAUUGCGAUCUGAGCCCGUGCCAAAGGUCAAAAGUUCGGGCUAUAAAAAGGUCAACGCCUUAGAUGAACUCCAAAGUAUUGACAGAGACAGCUUCUGGGCCAAAGCCGAGGAAGAAGAAAAGAAACGACGAAAAGAGGAGCGCAGGAAGGCGGCCGAGGAGAGAGAGCGCCUGGAAAAAGAACAAAUGGAACAAGAUGCUAGAGAGGCGGAAGAACGAGAACGACAGAGAAAAGAGAGAGAGAAACUGAUUCACCAGCAAAGGAUUUUUGAAAAGAAACAGGAAUCUCAGAAUAAACCACUGGAACAAAGAAAAGUGGUUGAAGUUCAGAAGGAAAAUCAGUCACCGGCGAGAUCAGGAAUAUUGCGAGCCGAGUCGGUGCAGAAAGCCAAUGAGGCUGCAUCUCUCAUCUCUCAGCGCUCUGUGAACCCCAGGGAUCUGUUCAUGCAGAAGGAGAAAAGUUUCAACAGUGAAACAUCUUCCUUUGAUACCCAACCAGGUCAAUGGAAAAGCUCAGUUUCAUCCCAGCAAGCAGUCAUUGUGGAAAAUCCUCCCAGCGAGCGUUGGUCUAAGCCCGAGUCUCCCGAACCAUCCGGGGCAUUUACUUAUAUCCCACAUGGACGGGCUUCAGCAUCUUCUGAUCAUGAAACUUCUUCCUAUACGAGGAAAAGUCAGGACCAUUUCUCUGAUGAUUCAUUUCGUUCAGAACAAGCUAAGGGUUUAAAGAACGAAUGGAAAGAUUCAAAAUCAGCCCCUGCUACUGUACACUACACUGAGAUUAAUAAAUAUCAAGACGACCAGUACGUAAACUUGUCCUCACAAGAUCUUUAUCGGGGUCAAGACCAGGAUUUUGAUACCCCUGCUGCUGAAGAAGAGGAAACAGGUGAUUCCACGAACAUCUGCGCAAGGGCACUGUAUGACUACCAAGCUGCGGAUGACACAGAGAUCACCUUUGAUCCAGGUGAUAUUAUCACAGACAUAGAUAUGAUAGAUGACGGCUGGUGGAGAGGUUACAAUCCUGAUGGUCACUAUGGGAUGUUUCCUGCUAAUUAUGUUGAGGUUCUAAAUGUGAUAUAAAAUCAUGCAACAUCAAUAAUGGAUCAUAGUCUAUCAACUUGCCUUACAGUUAUUGGUCAUUUAUAAAAUGUGUUUUACUUAAUCUUUGUUCCACAAGCAUUCUGUAAAGUUUUCUGGACAGUCUUGAUUCAAAUAAACUAAUAAAAUUAAAUUUUGAUA